AUGACCCUGGAUCCGAGACCGACCCAGCUCCCGUUGGCCAACGGUGUGCGCGACGAUUGCUGCUUCUACCUCAAGGGCGACGACUAUCAGUACUCGCCCGACGUGUUCGGCUACUGGAACAGCAACUGCGAGAUUGCAGCGGCCAACUACAACAUCGGCUUCGACACCUUCGUCGUCUGGAACUCGCAUGCGACGAACGUCACGGACCUGGCGUGCGUGUUCGAAGUCGACGUGCGCUACUGCGGCUCCUGGGGUCUACCACCCACACAAAUCACCACCGAGGACCCCGCACAGCCCACCGCGACCGGGACCGGGCCCCAGCCGCCGGCCCCGACGCACGACCGCCAGCCGGGAGACUGCGAUGGCUGGCACGUCGUGUCCAGCAGCGACUCGUGCCAGUCCGUCGCCGACAACGCCGGGAUCUCCCUUGCAAUGUUCCUCGAGUGGAACCCUGCCGUCAGCGCCGACUGUACCGCGUACUGCACGCACAGGCAGGGCCAAGGCAUCAGCAUCACGACCUCGCAGUCCGCCUCGACCGCGACGACGGCCAAGCCCACGCCCCCAGGUCCCACGCACACCGGCCAACCUGCCGACGGUAACAAGUGGGACGUCGUGGCGGAAGGCAACAGCUGCGGGUCCAUGGCCGCGGAUAACGGUAUCACCGUGAACCAGUUCUACGCCUGGAACCCGGCGGUGUCCAAGGACUGCGGGACGAACUUCUGGGUUGGCCAGGCGUACUGUGUGGGCGUUUCUAGCUAG